CUCAAACUUUGAGCUCCUAAAUUCAUGAACUAUUUUACAAAGCUGAAAACUAGCAGAAUGUUCUAUGAUUUCAUGUAUCACCGCACCAUAUGAAGCUGAAGUAUCGCUCUGUAUAUCUUCAACCACCGUCUUGCAAUCGGAGCCCACAUGAAUGCUUUGAACGUAUAAGUCCUCCGCCAAAGCUAGUGCUUCCCUUAUAGCCAGGGAUUCGAGUGUUUGAGGAUCAUUGAUUUGCCGGAAACCAACGAUCGAAGCUCCAAGAAACAGUCCAUUUUGGUCCCUACACACCGCUGCAACCGCACCAUACGUGCCUCCUCUCGACAGCGCUGCAUCCACGUUAACUUCGGCACAUCCUUGGACCGGGGGUAGCCAGCGUUUUGGUCUCGGCACCGACGCAGUAACAGGCUUUAGUGACCUCUUAUUGAUCUGUUGCAGUUCUGACAAGUAACUCAUGAUGAAGCCGUUCGUGGAGUAUGGAGACUAGAAAAUGUCCUCAUAGGUCGCCUUCCUCCUUGCACUCCAUAUCGCCCAUGCUGUAACCACAAGGCGAGUGAACUCUUCAGCUUGUAGCAUAUCGUGUAGAGCAAACAACCACUGCUUCGGAUUAUCAUGCUGGCACCUUAUCACCUUUUCAACAAAUUCAUCUGGAGCUAAAGCCCAGAUACUCCUUGACAUCGAGCAAUUCAACAGCGCAUGUCUCCAUGUGUUCGUGGCUCCGCAUAGAUGGCAUGUAUUUUCGUCGGCCAUGUUUCGGUGGUGGAGGACCUCACCUGUCGGCAUCGAUUGCCUGGCUAGACGCCAAACAAACAUCCGCAGCUUUGAGGGUACUUGUAUGUGCCAGAUUGCACUCCACUGCUUACUUUCCUGUAAAUUUGAAGUACCUUCUUCCUCAUGAAGCCAUCUCUCCCUGUUGAUCUUCGUUCUUAGUAUCAUACGGUAAGCAGAACGCACCGUGAAAACUCCCCGUCUCUCUUCAUGCCAUGCCCAAAAAUCUGUUAUGUUCCUCGUGCACAGCGAUAUCUUGAGGAUCUCUGCAGCAUCAAAAGGAGUAAAGACAGCCCGUACCAGGUUUUCUCUCCAUUGAGCCGAGGUAGCAUCAAUUAGGUCCGACACUCUUUCUGGCGGAUUAGGAACAAGUGAAGUGAUCGGCCUCUUGAAGUUAUCACGAGGAAUCUAGUUAUGCUGCCAGAUACUUGUCGAAGCCCCAUUACCAACUCUUCGAACCACACCUUGUGCAACAAUGUCCCUACCAUCAAGCACCGCUCGCCAUAUCUGAGAGGGGUGGGAUCCCAACUCAGCAUCCAGGAGUGAGCAUUGAGGGAAAUAUACAGCCUUUAGCACCUUUGCACUAAGCGAGGUCUCAUCGGUCAUCAGCCGCCAUGCUUGUCUAGCCAAGAGUGCUAGAUUGAAGAUCUCCAAAUCACGAAAACCAAGACCACCCAAGUGCUUAGGCCUGGUCAUCAUAUCCCAUGCCACCCAGCUAGGUUUCCUUUUACCUUGUUUGCUUCCCCACCAGAAUUGGCGAAUUAUGGAUGUGAUACUGUCACAUAAACCCCUUGGUAGACGAAAACAGGACAUUGAAAAAACUGGGAUCGCUUGUGCAACUGCCUUAAUUAAAACUUCCUUUCCGGCCGCCGAUAGUAAUUUCUCCAUCCAACCUUUGAUCCUCUCCCAUACUCGGUCCCGCAAAUACUUGAAAGUUCCAUUCUUCGACUGGCCUACAUCAGUUGGCAUACCCAGAUAACGUUCAUUUAAUGAUUCAUUUUGGACGUUUAAGGAAUUCUUCACCUCUUCCUUUAUAGAUUCUGGACAUCCUUUGCUAAAGAAGAUGGAAGACUUCUCAUGAUUUAUCCUCUGUCCCGAAGCUCUGCAAUAAAUAUCAAGCAGGUUUGACACUUCCUCUGACCCCUCCACAUUAGCCUUAAAAAGCAGCAGGCUGUCAUCUGCAAAUAAAAGGUGGUUAAUGGUGGGCGCCGUUGGAGCCACCUUAAUACCUGCGAAUGAUGACCGAGAACUGGAUUUCAGGAGGCACGGAAGGCCCUCUGCUGCAAUUAGGAAUAAGUAGGGGGAGAUUGGGUCUCCCUGCCGGAUACCUCUUGUAAGUAUAAAUGAAUCAAGUUUCUCUCCAUUAAAGAGAACAGAAAAGGAUACCGAUGAGACCAUCCCCAUUACUGUGUCAAUCCACUGUUGAGAGAAACCCAAUUUGGCCAUGAUACCUUUCAAAUAUGGCCAUUCCAAUCUGUCAUAGGCUUUCAUCAUGUCCAAUUUCAAAGCACAAAAACUAUUAGAUCGUGACUGUGUCCUCUUCAUGAAGUGCAAACAUUCAUAAGCACAUAUGAUGUUAUCUGUGAUGAGUCUCCCAGGCACAAAAGCAGAUUGUUCCUCAGAUAUAAUGUCAGGCAAAAUAAUCUUGAGUCUAUUGGCAACGACUUUGGAUGCAAUCUUGUAGAGCACGUUGCAAAGACUGAUGGGUCUAAAUUGUGACAACUGGGAAGGACUCGUUACCUUUGGAAUUAGGACCAGCACCGUGUCAUUAAUGCAUUCCAGGCUUUCCUCCCCUCGCACUAUUCUCAAAACAAUUCUUGUAACAUCUUCACCACAAAUAUCCCAGUUGCGCUGAUAAAAAUGAGCAGGAAAUCCUUCUGGGCCAGGUGCUUUCGUUGGAAACAUUUGGAAUAAAGUUGCCUUAACCUCAUCAGACGUGUAUUCGGCAUUAAGGCGCGCAUUCAUUUCCUCCGUCACUUUCCUGGGCACAUGAUCUAGCACCGCAUCCAUAUUUUCAACUCCCUCCGAAGAGUACAAAGCUUGAUAGAAACUAUUAGCCAUUGCCUUUAACUCAUCUAGGUCAACAACGAUCGCCCCCAUGGAAUUUUGUAGUGCCUUAAUCAUAUUCUUCUUUCGCCGCAAGCUUGCACGGAGAUGAAAAAACCUGGUAUUCUUAUCGCCCGCGGACAGCCACUGGAUCCUUGCUCGCCGACGCCAUAUUAAUUCCUCUCUAUUGUACAUCUCAAUUAGGCGCUCGUUGAUCUUGAGUUCCACGUGUGAUGGUCCAGUUCUAAGCGGGUCCCCCCGCAACUGAUCUAGCUGUCUUUUCAAGAGCUUAAUCUCCUUUUUCACAUUACCAAAAGCAUCAUUGCUCCAUCUGCUUAGACUUGUCGCCAAGUGCCGGAGCUUGUUCCUCAUGUCCUCAACUGUCAGGCAAGGCUCCGCUGCAUCCCAUCCAUCAACUAUAGCAUCAUGGAGCCCCUCAUGUGUCUCCCACAUUACUUCAUAACGGAACUCCGAUUUUUUGUGUUGCCUUUUCAUUCGCCCCAUAUCAACCAGCAGUGCCGAGUGGUCUGAAGAAGCAGCUAUCUCAUGGGUGACAGCUGCUAGUGGAAACCUUGCCAUCCAAUCCGUGCUGACCAACGCCCUGUCCAGUCUGCAUCGUGUGUAUGUACCUCCAGUGACCUUCUCGAAGGUCCAAAAACGGCCCGUAUAGCCCAAGUCUAGUAACAUGCAAACAUCAAUUGUGUCUCUGAAUGCCUGAAUCUGUGCGUUGCUGCGUUGACCAACUCCCUCGUGCUCUUCCAGACGUAAAACUUCAUUAAAAUCACCAAGACAAAGCCAGGGUAAGCUGCUUGUUGUACUGAUGUUCUUCAAAAUUGUCCAUGUUUGGUGUCGUAAGUGCGUCUGCGCCUCGCCAUAAACACACGUUAGUCUCCACUUAUCCUCUCCUUGCUCCUCUACAGAUACAUCAAGGUGGUAAACAGAGUAACCAAGAAUUUCAACUUUUAUUUCAUUGUUCCAAAACAAACCGAUACCACCGCUCCUACCUUGACUAUCAAUUGCAUAAGCAUUAUCAAAACCAAUAGAACUAGCUAAAGCUUCUACCCUAGAGCCUUCAAUAUGUGUCUCCACAAUACAGAGUAGGGUAGGGGCAAACUUCCUCGUAAAUUCGCGAAGUUCUCGGGCUGCCGCGGGUUUGCCCGCUCCACGGCAGUUCCAGCAAAGGGCACUCAUUGGGCCUGGCGGCGCUCCUCGAAGGAGCCCGCCAAACUCUUCACUGCCGAAACCUGCCCAUCACUGCCAUCAUCUUCCUUUCGGGUCCUCUUGGGUUCUCUCUGUGGGGGUGGGCUGGACAAGGAAGUGCCCACUGGCACGAUUGCUAGCUUAUCUGCAGCAUCACCCUUUGUGUUGUUGUGCACAUUACCCUCCAGCGGCAGCCCAGCCAACCUCUUCCUCGUGAGAUCAUCCAUAUUAGCAUCUUUGCCUUUGCCGUCCACUACCAUGUCAUCCUCUCUCCUUCCCGUCUCCUGAUGAGCUGGGAAGUUGUUCAUGUCGGCCUCGUGUCGAUUGCCUGAACGCCCCCUUGUCCGGCCUCCCCUACGGCCACCUCUCCGACCUCGGCCCUCUCCAGGACCUUGGCUUGCGCGCAUGGCCCAGCUAGCUCAUAAAUCCUUGAAGACUAGAGCCGAAGGGGGAUGAAUCCCAGUACCGUGUUCCUUAUAAAGAUGACCCAACAUGCCACACACGGCGCACCAAUCAGGCAGCUUCUCAUACUUUACCCUAUAGAUCUGUCUUCCCCCUCCCUCUGAUCAUAGACACAGCGUUCUUCAGGGGUUUAAACAAAUUCAGCCGGAUCCACACCCUAUGGAAGUUCCCCACAAAAUCAUGAGACGGUUGUUCUGUGAAUAGCACUUCCCCCACCUUUGCGGCUAGUGGAGUAACCAGGUGAGCAAACAGAUCUGGAACAUGAUCCAUAUGUCAAUCGUCUCCAGCUUGAUGGAUGAAGGUUUUGAGACCCCAUCAUAAGGCGCAAGAAGCACUGCAUCCCCUCGGAAAUUCCAAGGUCCCUCAUGCAUAACUCUCUCCCAAUCUCCUAAACAGGACAGUUGAACUGAGUACAGAUUAUCUUCCAAGGGCUUAAAUUUGGCCUCCUGUGCUAUAUUCCAUGCUGACCGCAUGUUUCUGUAGAACCACGUCUGACUGUAUGAUUUGGAGGUGUUUACCCUAGCCAGAGCAAUCCAUCUGGGUCCCUGUGGAGGCGCAUCUUUCUCAUCGAAGAUCACAUCAUCAAGAUCUUCCUUCAGCCCAAGUUCUGCCAUCAUCCGCUCGACAUCGCUUGCGCCCGAGGAGCCCGAGGCCCCUUCAGUCGCCAUCAGAAGAACCUUACCCGAUGCAAAAGUGACCGGGUAUAUUGGGGAGACCCUAGAACCACCGUUCCCUGCCUAACCUCGCGCGAGAAGAGUGCGACGGAGGAAGACAGAGAGAGAUCGGCGAUAGGGAAGGAAAAGCGAUCUACUCGAUGGCGUCGUAGUCGCCGCCGCGAGAAACAAAAACCCUAACUCGAGGGAACUGCACUUUUCCUUUAUCUAGAAAAAACUGGGCUUUUUUGGCCCAACUAGAGGCUCGAGGGUUUUUAUAGUGGUUAGCCUGGGGGCCUGCGAGCGAAGCAGUCGUUCGUUCCACUCCUUCCCCCGAUCGAAUUUUCGUUCGGCAGGGAGAUCGUCCCGUGGGGAACGACUCGUUCGGACGGGGCUUUCUCAGGGUCCAAAAAAUAUAUUUUCACAAGAUACCGGCUGCCUCAAAUCGAAUCUGGAGAACACAAUCGCGUAUCCUUGUUCCCAUGGGGUCGACAGACCCACCUGGUGCCGAGAGGAGGCCUGCUCCUCCGCUGCCGUCCCCUAUCGUCCACCUCUCCUUCAGCAGCGACGCGUCCUGCUUCGUCGUCGCCGGCACCUCCAGCGUGCAUUGGCUUUCAUGUGACACCUUCGGCCUGCGUGGCCUCUACCAAGAAAAAGAUGCCAGAAAGACCAUCGCCGCAGCGGCCGGCGACAUGCUCAGCCUCAAGGAAUCAGCAUGUGCCACCAUGAGCUGCGUCGACAACACCAAGUUCUUCAUCCGGCGUUGGAAGCCGGGACACAUGAACUACCACUGGCGGUACUUCGAGGGGGAGAAGACAUACACCGGAGGCGAAGACGACGUGCGGGCAGUGCGCGUCCACGGUGCGAAGACCGUCGUCGUGCUCGUCGACCGGCUGGAGGUGCUCGGCUGCAGGACCAAGGACACCGAGGACAAAGAGCUUUGGUUGCUGCACUCGGUGGUGACGGGGGGCAAUCCCCUUGGCCUCUGCGCCGUGUCACCAGGCGUGCCCUUCACGUUCGCGUGCCCCGGCGCCAGGGAUGGUGAGGUGCACGUCGAGCGGUGGGAGGACAAGGGGGAGGUCGCGGGGCCCGUGGUGGCCAUACGUGCACACUCUUCCCGCCUUGCAUCCAUUGCCAUGUCUUGCGACGGCCGGCUCGUGGCCACAGCUAGCGUCAGGGGCACCCUCAUGCGCGUCUUCAGCGCCACUGACGGCGCGUUGCUCCAAGAGGUAAGUGGCGGCGCAUAGAUCUUAGAUCGCCGGUAGUCAACGAUGCCUAUCAAAUUAUGUCUUUUUUUUACGGUAUCAGAUUAUGUUUUGUCAAAUUUUGUUCAAAGGAAAGUUGAAAUAAAAACAAAUAAAUAAGAAGUAGAAAUCAUGCAUACGCAAAGCUGUCUAUCUUUCCAAGGAUAGAACAAAAUAGAAUGAUUGUAAGGGAGGGUAUAACACAUGGCACAAACACAAGAUGACAUGUAGGUCAACUGGUCAAGUAAUGGAAAUGAAAAGCAAUUGACUAAAUCUACUGAUUAUAGCUCAAUCCAAUACCUUGUGCAAUUCUACAAGGUUAUGCCUUGAAAUGAUUAUUUUUUUUGUCCUCUGCAAUCUGGUUAUUGAAAACUCUCAGUUGCUCAUCAUCCUGAACAUAAAAGGAAGUAUCACACAGCUGUAAAGAUAGCAGCAUCGUCCAAACUAGGAGGGCUUGUAGUUAGUACGUUUUCAGAUCAGCAGGAGAGUGCAAUCAACACUAUGAAUAACAUAAUACUAUUUUUGGAGACUAAAAUGGUGUAAACUUACCUUUGGAAAAGGAAUAUAGAAUUUAAUUUCGAAGAGUUUCGCUAUGCCACUGGACUUUGAAGGUUUCCGCCCUUGUAGUCCCCCUUACCAGCCUCUUCAAGGAUGAUGUCUGAAAAAAAUACAAAUUUCAACUAAGUACAAAUUUUUAGCCAUUGCUAUGCUAAUGCCACCAUAAAUGAAACCAACUCUCCAAGUCAUUAUUGCAAAGAAAAGUAGCUCACAGGAACAAUGUAAAUUCGACUGCAGAACAUCAUGCAACAAGGGAGAGAAUGACCCAAUUAUGUUUUCUACCUACUUCGCUAAGGUAGAGCAUUUGUUAGGUUAACAAUGAAAAGCACUGCCUAUUCUGGAGGGUGCAUUUAAAUUGUGGUGGCUUCAUAAAAGCACUUCCAUUAUGCUAGUUUUUUACAUAUAAACCUACGGCAAGAUUCUUCUGAUAGUUGUGACAGCAAUAUUUUACUAGAUUUGAUAAUUAUUCUCUGCAGCCAACUAGAUUUGAUAACAAUUCUCUGCAACCAACUGUAGGUUUGUUAAUCGUUCUCUGCAACUAUCUACAGUUUAGUGCAGUGCAGUGCAGUGCACUGCAGUUUAACAGCAACCUGCCACCAUGCAGUCUUUGCCAGACCUGUCUGGAGUUGGGCACCUGCUGAGGAGAGGCCGAGACGGAGCAGACAUCCACUGCAUCGCCUUCUCUCCGGAUUCAAAAUGGUUGGCGGUCAGCAGCGACAAGGCGACCGUGCACGUGUUCAGCGUCAAUGUCGAUUUGCCAAGCCUGACACCGGAGGACAGCAACGGUCCCGGCGGUCUCCUAGCAGCCCCGGCGCCGUCGUCUCCAUCAGUAGCUACAGCCAACAAGAGGUCGUCGCUGUCGUUCGCUGGAGGAUUCUUGCCGGGCUAUUUCAGUUCAGAAUGGUCGUCGACUCAGAUCCGCGUCCCUGAAGGCACCAAGUACUUGGUCGCGUUCAGCAGUCAGCCAAACACCCUUCUCAUCCUCGGCAUUAAUGGACGGUUGGUCAAAUAUAUACUACUCUUCUACCGGUGCCGAUUCGACCCGGAAAAAGGAGGCGUAGUGGAUGUGCGGCACAAAGGGACGCCUUGUGGGAGUGAGGAACAAGACGUGGAGUGCAUCAACUUCAUGAAUCCGAGCAAGAAAACAUCUAAUUCGAAGCCAUCAUAUGGCAGCUAGCCUUGUUAUCUUUGCUUUCUUCAUCUUCGUCUGUCUUAGGGAUGCAGAUUUGGAACCUCCAGGGUAUCCUUCGAUCCUACUUAUAGUUCAACUAAAUGAACUAACUUUUCAGAAUUCACCUCACUUUUGAAAAAAUAGUUCAUUUGGUUGAACCAAAAAAGUAUCGGAGGGUAUCCUUUAGGUUCAACAUUUGCAUCCCCAGUCUGUCAGAACAGUAAUAAAUGCACUACUGUCUGCGGCCCUACACCAUUUUGGAACGGUGCAUGAUUUUGUUUUUGUUCAAUGCAUUUUGUUACUGUU